UCGUUCCUUCGCUCGCUUUCCCCUCCGCACUUGUCAAAAUCUCCGUCCUCUAUGUUGGUCACAGAUGAACAAUACAUUUCUCAGUUUAAAAAUCCAACAUGGCGUCAAUCAGAAAUUUACUGUGGCCUCUAUAAUUGCAAUCGCUAAAACAUAUGCGUGGGCUCUAUUUUAUUAAGUAAUAUUUUUGUAAUUCACCUUGUGUGUUUUGUGCAAUGUCCCGUCAUGCGACUUCCGGACCUCCGCCGGGCCUCAAACAAAUAGAUCUCGACCAAAUAUGGGGCGAUCUGCGCGAAGGCGUAGAGCAAGCCUACAAUCGGCAGGGCAUGUCGAAGGCGCGAUACAUGGAAUUGUAUACUCACGUUUAUAAUUACUGCACCUCGGUGCACCAGCAGAGCGGCAGGGGGGUCAGCGCGACCACCAACACGAACAGUUGCAUGAAAACUCGGAAAAGUCAAAACACUCCGGGGGGAGCGCAAUUAGUCGGACUAGAACUCUACAAAAGACUUAAAGAAUUCCUAAGGAACUACUUGGUAGCGCUCCUAAAAGACGGCGUGGAUCUCAUGGGAGAGGAUGUGCUAUCGUUUUACACAAAACAAUGGGAAGAGUACCAAUUUUCGAGCAAAGUUUUGAACGGAAUCUGUGCCUAUCUGAAUCGGCAUUGGGUCCGAAGGGAAUGCGAAGAGGGCCGCAAGGGCAUCUUCGAAAUAUACCAAUUGGCUCUUGUGACGUGGCGCGAUAAUCUGUUCAAGCAACUAAAUAGACAAGUUACUAACGCAGUCCUAAAACUCAUCGAAAGAGAAAGGAAUGGUGAGACCAUUAACACAAGGUUAGUAUCAGGUGUUAUAAAUUGUUAUGUCGAAUUAGGUUUAAAUGAAGAUGAUGCAAGUGCUCGUGGACACCUUGCAGUGUAUAAAGAUUCUUUUGAGUCGAUAUUCUUGGAGGAUUCAGAAAGAUUUUACACAAAUGAAAGUACAGACUUUUUGCGUCAGAACAAUGUAACAGAGUAUAUGAAACGAGCUGAACAGAGAUUAAUAGAAGAACAACGAAGGGUUCAGGUGUAUUUGCAUGAAACGACUUUAGGUCGUUUAGCUAAGACGUGUGAAAGAGUGUUAAUAGAGAAGCAUUUAGAGAUUUUUCACACAGAGUUUCAGAAAUUGCUGGAUCUAGAUAAAAAUACGGAUUUAGCUAGAAUGUAUUUGCUGGUUUCAAGGAUUCCUGAUGGUUUAUGCGAGUUGAGAGCGCUUCUUGAGGCUCAUAUAGCCGCUCAAGGGCACUCGGCUAUUGAUAAAUGUGGUGAUGCUGCGUCUACAGAUCCUAAAAUCUAUGUAAACACAAUUUUGGACGUUCAUAAAAAGUAUAACGCUUUGGUGCUUCUGGCUUUCAAUAACGACAGUGGUUUUGUUGCUGCUUUGGACAAAGCAUGUGGGAAGUUUAUAAACAGCAACACUGUAACAACUUCUAGUAAAAGUCCUGAAUUGUUAGCCAAAUAUUGUGACUUGUUGUUGAAAAAAUCAAGUAAAAACCCUGAAGAGGCUGAGCUUGAAGAUACAUUAAAUCAAGUGAUGGUUGUGUUUAAAUAUAUCGAGGACAAAGACGUUUUUCAAAAAUUUUAUAGUAAAAUGUUAGCAAAACGUUUAGUUCAACACAUGUCGGCGUCUGACGACGCCGAGGCUUCCAUGAUAUCAAAACUGAAACAAGCCUGCGGUUUCGAGUAUACAAGUAAGUUGCAAAGAAUGUUCCAAGACAUAGGAGUAUCCAAAGAUCUCAACGAUCAAUUUAGAAAGCAUCUAAACAACUCUCACGAACCAUUAGACAUAGAUUUUAGUAUACAAGUAUUAUCAUCAGGAUCAUGGCCGUUCCAACAAUCUUUCGCCUUCUCACUGCCAACGGAGUUGGAGAGAUCUGUCCAUAGGUUUUCGACUUUUUAUUCAGACCAACACUCGGGAAGAAAAUUGAAUUGGUUGUACAACAUGAGUAAAGGAGAAUUGUUAACAAAUUGUUUUCGCAACCGGUACACGCUGCAGGCUAGUACAUUCCAAAUGGCUGUUUUAUUAUUGUACAACCACGAGACGCGUUGGACUGUGCAGCAAUUGAAAGACCACACGGGAAUAAACCAGGAUUUUUUGUUGCAAGUGUUGCAGAUACUUUUGAAAGCCAAGCUUCUGGUGUCCGAGGACGAUGAGUCGAUAUUAAAUCCAAAUUCUGUGAUAGAUUUGUAUAUGGGAUACAAAAAUAAGAAAUUACGUGUCAACAUAAAUAUUCCUCUCAAGACUGAAUUAAAAGUUGAACAAGAAUCGACGCACAAGCACAUCGAGGAGGACCGAAAGAUGCUCAUUCAGGCGGCUAUAGUGAGAAUAAUGAAAAUGAGGAAAGUCCUAAAGCAUCAGCAACUCGUGGCCGAGGUCCUGAACCAGCUCUCGACCAGGUUCAAGCCCAGGGUGCAGGUAAUUAAAAAAUGUAUCGACAUAUUAAUAGAAAAAGAAUAUUUGGAGCGGGCGGAAGGUCAGAAAGAUACUUAUAGCUAUUUGGCGUGAUUGUAUGUUACUUGGUGUAUGAAAUAUGUAAUAUGCCAUACGUACAUAUUUAUACAUGUGAUACAAAUGCACAUAUAUAACUAUUAUACAACAACAACAAAGUAAACCUUUAUAUUUAUAAAUAGGUCAUAGAAUUGAGAUAUAUUUGUUAUU